UUUGAGUUUCACAUAAACCAAACCCGUCAACACCUCUUCUUUAAGGAUCUCUUUCCCUUCAAAGAAAAUAUCACAAAAAUGGCAAACGUCUCCGCCCUGCUCACGAUAGCUCUUCUCCUGUGCUCCACGCUAAUGUGCACUGCCCGCCCCGAACCGGCCAUAUCCGUCUCUAUCACGACUGCUGCCGAUCCAUGUAACAUGGAGAAGAAAAUAGAAGGAAAAUUAGAUGACAUGGUAGAAGAAAACUGUGGUUCCGACGACGAAGAUUGCUUAAUGAGGAGGACUUUGGUCGCUCAUACUGACUACAUCUAUACCCAGAAGAAGAAGAAGAAUCUUUGAAUUUCACUAAUUUAUUUCUAACAAACUUUUGCUUAAGGUUAUGUAAUUUAUGUCAUCUUUAAUUAGUAUUUGUCACAAACAACAUCAAGAUAUAUAGUUAUGGUUGUGAUUAUUUAUAUGUAAUUUGGAUUGUGGAAGUCGAAACUAACACAA